CGAAGCUCCUCUCUCUCUCUCUCCCUCGGUGGAAGGAAGGAAGCAAGGAAACAAGGUUCGCACAAAUCCAAUCCUCUCAUCUCCAUCGCCUCCACCUCCCUCCCUUUCGCUCUCAGGCCUCCCAGCCUUCGCUAAGCUCAUCUCAGCCGCUCCACCUCCGCAUUGCUCCGCCGCGGCGGCGUAACUGCGUGUUCUAGUUCCGUCGCGGGAGGUCUGGUUCCCGCCAGCGUGACUCCUGAUCGGUUUUUGGCUCGGAGGACCGGAUAAUGUGCUGAGUGGAGGAGGCGGUGGGAGUCCUCGCUGAUGGCGCAAUGCGCGGCUUCCGCUUCGUGCAUCAAGCUGCAUUUGUGCCACGGGACCGGGGAGAGAGGUCAUCCUCCCUGGCGGAAGUCGCUCUUCAGGAAGGAAUGCUAUCACACCUGGGAUGCUGUACCUCUCAAGGAGUGGAAGUUUCGGGAGUUAAGUGUCAGCGGUCCAAGAGUGAACGUAAAUCUUCGCCAACAAGCAACUUCCUUUAGUUGUACUUGCCUGGGAUCUUUGGCUAGCUUCGAUGGCACAACAGCCUCUGAAUGGGUGCCCAUCAUUGAUCAAGUGCUUCUUUUGGCUAGCAUGCUUCUCACAUAUAUGGCUGGAGUGACCCCAACAGAGAAGCCUGGUUUUACUUCUCCACAUAUCGUCUCUGGGGAUUAUAUGAUCCCUGAAAGCUCAACCUUUUCUGGUAGGGCCACAAAGACUGAUGAAGAAGUUUCAAAGUGCAUUUGGGACGUAAUAAAAAGGAAACUUUUGGAUUCUUUAGAAGUCACUCAACCAGCCAAGAAUGUGGAAGAUGAAGUUGUUGGACUUGAACAAUACAGUGUAAAACGGCCUUUAAGCUUAAAUGCGGUAGCUGAGGGUCCAAGAUUGCGAUUGCUUUUGGCUGUUGUUAUGCAUCUUGAGAAAGAGGCAGGCACUGUGAGUAACAUCCAAGGAAACUAUGGAACUAGUAAGGAUGAUUGGUCAAAGGUACUUUUUGGAAUCAUACAAAAUUCCUUGGAGCCCAUUUGUAUCUCUUGGCUAGGGAAGGAGCUACUAAAGGAUAAUCACGAUGCUGACGUGGUUCUUCCUUCUUCGAUUGUUGAGAAAUUUAAGGGAGAUGGUACUAUUCUACUGAACAUUAAGAAGUCAGGAAAGGAAGAUCUCUAUGCAGAUUUAUUCUGCUUCGUAAGGUUUGGUUCUGUAAGGGAUGGUAGCUAUUACAACAGCAGCUUGUUUAUUUCGGAAGGCAUUUCCAUAUUAGAAGAUUUAGUAAUUGUAUUAGCUGACGGUAUUGCUAGUAUAUAUUUGGAGCUCAUCUCUGUAGAUGGCAGCUUGUCAAACGAAAUGAACACUCUGAGUUCGGGUUUAUGUUCCUUGUCCACCCGAUCACUUCAAAAGUUAAGGAAUGAGAUCGCUUUGAACCAGUGGUUGCAUCAAAAUAUGGAGGCAGUUGCUUCAAUGUAUGAGGACCGUUUCGAUCUAAAUAUACUCCAGAGUCAAUUCAUUGAGGAGCCAAAUAGUCGCACUGCAGAAAAUAUUGGUUGGUGGAAGAACCCGUUCAUGAAAAGAUCUGCAGCAACAACAUAUCCCCUUCAAUGUGUUGCCGUAAGCAAUUUCUCAAUGCCUGUGAAACGGACUACGGAAUUAAGAGACCUAACGGGGUGGAGGUACUACUACAGCCUAUUUCUUGAGUUGUCGGACAUAACAAUGCCGUUGAUCAGGACCGUCAUCAAUAAAAUCAGUAACGCAAUAUCGUUCUUUCUCGUAAGCUUGAUUGGGAGGUCACUGGGACUCAUAUACACUGGAAUUAGGCAGUCCUUGCGGUGGAAGUAAGGCUUCAUUUUCUGAGUUUAGCAUUUGCAGUCGAUUGUCUUUGUUGAUUCAAAUUGGUAGUAGUCCUUGUGAAGUUCAUGUCUUCGUAGAUCAGGAUAGUUAUGUCUGUAUUAGUGCUUGGUGAACACACUACCAUUUGAUUUAUGACAGGAAACCAUUCGAAGCAAUUUUGACACACAGAUUGAUUUAUUUCUGUAUUGCCUACCGAACACGUAUUUCUCUGAACUGCAACAUGAAUCAGCACCAGAAAUUGAGUGGGAUGAGAAA